GACGUCGCGUUGUUUACGCAUCGCUAAGAGAAAUUGAACACGGAUCGUUACAUAACUGAAACUAAAAUGUCUUUCCAAAGACAUGAAAACUAGGAAACAGACUAAGGCACAAGCAAAAUCGGCAAAGAUCGCAGCUAAAAAGGCUGCGGCCGAAAACACUUUGGAAAUUGCAAAAGAUUCCGGCGAAACUGAAAAGAAACGAAAGCUGUCUUUAAUUCCAAAGAAACAAACAGAUGUCAAAAUGGUAGAAAAAAUGGAGAAAAGUAAAAAGCCUAACAAACAAGCAAAGCGUGAUAACAAUGAUAAUGUAAAUACAAAGAAAGGAGUGCGUGCAUCCAACGAAGCAAAUAAACAAUCAGAUAACACAAAGCCGAACGUGCAACAAUCAUAUGAAGAGACACAGAUUCACGAUGUUCAAAGAUAUUUAGAGACAUUGCCUUCACUUGAAAUACGAGACUUCAUUGAAGGAUUGAUAUUACAAGACAAGUUUAACUUGUUAACUGUGGACAUUGUGUCGGCUGUCGGGGAUAUAAACAGGAUGCGAUAUUACUUCCAGAAAGAUGCCACCACCGGAAAGUCCCGGUAUGAUCCUAACGGACGUUGUUUAGAUGGCGGUACACCCUUGCAUGCCGCCAUUAAGGCAAAACAGAAAGAAACUAUACAACUUCUCAUACAAAAUGGAGCCGAUUUGUCGCUUGUAGAUUUUAUGGGUGACAAUGCUAUUAUGGCCGCAAUUAAAGCUGGAGUUGCCAACAUGAUAAACCUAUUAUGGCCGUACAAAGCAAGCUUGGACGUGAACCAUCAAAAUACGGUAGGGAAAACAGCCCUGCAUUUGGCGACGGAAAGGAGUUGGGAAGGUUGUGCAAGAUUUUUAUUGUCCAAUCAGGCUAUACCAGAUAUCACGGAUAAGGCGGGAAUUACACCUUUGAUGAUAGCAGCCGAGAAAGGCGACAUGAAAAUCGUUGAUAUCUUGAUAAAAGCAGGGGCUGAUAUUUGCCUGGAAGACGAGGAUUAUGACACAAGCGUUAGUAAGGCGUUGUUUGGUAACCAUACGCAAGUUUUGGAUUACAUGUUGACGUCACUUGAUGAAGCCCGCCGAGAGUUCUUCGUAAAGGACAUACUAAGCAAGGUCACGAAUCCCCCGUUACCAGACGGAGAGUAUGCCAUGCCAGAGACACAAUAUUUUCCCAUCUUAGAGGAGUGCACAAAGCACAGCGUAUUUCGAGACAGCUUCUACAAUCAAAACGUUGUUAAAACAAUAAUGCUUAAAAUGUCAGAAAGGGCUAAGCAGCCAGACACAGUCACUCAAAUAUGUUGUCUAGUAAUGGCUUUGUUCUUCCGUUUUGGGGACGAGAUUGACACACAUUUUGUUCGACAGUUUGUGAUCUGCGGUGGGACAGAAUUGGUGUUAAAGUUAGUUCUGUUGUGUAUGAACGAAUGGAGUUUUGGGGCCAAAGAUACAUUACAGAUAUUUUUGCCAAUGAUAGGUCUUGUUGAAAUUCCCGAAGGUCGCACAUGGCUUUAUAAGAACGUCCUUACCGUUUCAGAGUUCUUUAAUCACUUUGAAAAGAACUUUCUAAAUAAUUUCCUCGGAAAAGGUGAAUAUUAUCUUUGGUGCUCAGAAGCAAAUUAUUUCAAAGAAAUCAACAGGGUGUGGGUACAUUUUUACAACGAGGUGAGUAGAAUGCAGACAGAGGAAAGGGAGAAACACAUGCUUGCACUUUUAAAAGAAGAAGAGAGUGAAAAGUACAAAAAAGAGAAAAGACUAGAGAAGAUUAAACAGAAAAAAGACGAUAAGACAAAGAAACUUGAAAGCAACUCUUCAUCUGAGUUUUUGAAAUCAUGGACAGAGACAUCAGUUGAGGAUGACGAAGAAAUAGAAGAAGAAGAGGAGGAGGAAGAAGAGUAUAUCGUUAACACAUGUAGAAAUACCAAUGCUUUAACAGGUUUUACUAGUGACCAAAGUGAUAUCAAUCAAGGAACCGAAAACGAUGCAUACAAUCUAGAUGAUAAAUGUAAAUAUCGCAACGAAAGUGUACAAUGGGCAACUCCAAAUAGCGAAAGAGUAUUUGAAAAGUUGAAAAAAGUAAACGAUGAGGACUGGACAACGGUUCAAACAAAGAAGAAUAAAGAAAAAGAUAGACACAUAAUUGAGAAACCAAAAAGCGUUAAAUAUUCCCCAUCACAUAGCUCGAAAAGCAGAUAUUCACCAUCACAGAAACAAAAGAAAAGGAAAGCGAAAACGGUACCAUUCAAUGCCUUUGCAAAGCCGACAGUCGCUUCUUCAGCUGGACCUGUGAGAUGGGCUGAUAUUGCUAAAGGUAUAACUAAGGACACACCGCACAUCGAGGCCGAUGACAAAAGAUACCCGACCCCUACUAAAGUUUUUGGGAUUAGAGAAACAACUGUUUAUGUAAAUAAACAACAACAAGAAACAGAAUUUCCAAGUUUAAACAAAGGCAUCAAACAAACAAUUAGAAAAGAAAGACCAAAUAAAAUGACAUUCCAUUUUCACUCUGAUCAACCAGUUUCAAAUGACAUUGGUACCCACUUCAAUGAAUCUGUAGACGAAAUAAUUGACAUUGAAGAAGCAGAGAAAGAACUGCAAAAACUCGAAACAUGUGCUGAUGUUUAUGAUGCUAGAAAGAUAGAAACACCAACAGAGCUAGGUUUGCGGUUAUCAAAUACAGGCGAGUGCUUCAUGAACGAUCCGGAAUACACAGACGAUACCAAACCUAACAUGUUUGAUCCAACAAACUUGACAGAAGAAGAAAUAAAAACUUUGAACACAAGAGGGAGAACACAACGAAAAGAAAUAAGACCUUCAGUUCCCGAUUAUUAUCAGCUUGAAAUGGACUCUACGAAUUCGUUAAUUGACUCCAAUAUUGAUUUACAUAAAGAAGAGCUAAAGUUCGAGCAAUCGAUGGGGGAAAAAGGAAAAUUUCACAACAUACAAGGUUUUGACAAACAGCUUGUAAUUGAUGACAGCAAUAUUCAAGGUGAUUGUAAUGGUGAAAUGUAUCAAAAUAAGAAUAACAUUUUGUUCGAACAAACUCGGAAGAUGAUCAAAACUAAAUCUGCUGAUAGUGACAUAAUUGCACAAAAUGAAUCAGGACAUAAUAGAUGUAAAUCAAAUGCUAAGAAACAAAAAGAAAAGAAAACUAUUGCUGUAGCUAAUGUAUCUGACGGAAGUAUAACGUUGCUUGACCAUUAUAAAGAUCCAUCAGUUAUAUCACCAGUAAAGUGUCGACUAUCUGAAGCUGAACUACAGUUAUUGAAAAAUCAGAUAAACACGUAUGAUACUUUUGAAGAACAACUAGAAUUACAUGAAAGUGAACAUUUUAUGGAACUGAUUACAUCUGUCUCACCUAUUUCUGAACCAAAGCCUAAUAUCAUUGAUGACUUGUUUAACACACCAGAGGAGAUACCAGAGUGGCUAGAAGACGAAGAAGAAACCCCAAAGGAAGAAGAGGUUUGGGACAAUAUGACAAGACAAUCGAAAUUGAUACAGGCAUCAAAGACAUCAGAAAGCAAAGAAUUUGCGCAGCUUGUUCCUGCAACAAUUGAAAUUUUUAAUAAUUCGGAUUCGCUGCAUAUGAACACUGUGACGAAACACAAGUCUCCGUAUGACCUCCUUUCAUCAGAUCCAGCAAUCAUUCAUUGUAUAAAACAACCGAGCCUCGCAGAUGAAACGAGCGGCAAUAUCGCUGACACUAUCGCGAAAGAAUAUGAAACUGAUGUCUCAAUCUUCAACAAUGACAUUGAAGUUGAACCGCCAAUAAGGGGGUGUCACAUUUCUUCCCCGGAAUAUAUAAAACAGACACAGUCAGUUGUCGAAGAGAUAACAGAAGUGACCGAUUGUAUGUCAAAUCAAAUCGGUGUAGAAAAGCAAACCGCUGUAAUCAAACCGCUUGGUCUUUUACCUGGUUCCAAUCCACCAGCAACUAACUGUGCAUUCGGACAAAAACUGUUAGAAAAUGCAUGCCGUUUGGAGGAGGCAUAUGACAGUGACGACAGUGUUCUGUAUCCCGAUGACCUAGACGGUGAGAUAUUUGACGCAGAUGACGAACAGAGUGUAAAGCAGGAGGAUGGUGAAGGCGAGUCGUUUUAUUUCCCGAGCUUUCACGAAGAGACAAUGUUGUCUGCUCACCAUAAUAAGGACGAUGUGUCUAUUGCCCAUCACAUACAACAACUACAGUUAGAACAAAUAAACAAUUAUUACAUGCAAUCCAAAGAUCGUAUAACAGAUUCUGCAUCACUUGAUCAGUCCAAGUUUUUGUAUUAUGCCCAAUCUGCUGGGAUAAACAAACAAAAAAUUGAGAAAUAUUUAAAAGGUGCAAUCGAAAUAGAACAAAGAAGCGCUCAGCAAGAUAGAAAGUCAUACCCAGUGUUGCCUCAAAAACCAAAACAAAAAUUUACAAAAUCUGAUCAAAAUGGGGAUCGUGUACAGCAAGACAGUGACGAAAACAAUCAACGGCAAACAUACGGAAGCAAUAUACCAUGUCAAAGUCAUGGACCGCCAUUUCAAGAUGUACGCCCAUCGCCUAUGAUGGUUCAAACAGGACAGCACUUGGUUCCUAAUCCGAAUCACAAUGCACCAGCUGUUGUAAAUCCACAGCAAGUGCCAGUUAUGCCACUGGUACCAUAUGGUGUAUUGGUUCCGUUUUCGCGUCCUCCAAUGAACCCCACAACUAUUCAAAACAUUCAGUCUCAGCAAGCUGCUAUGUCGUCAACGGUGCGAGGUAAAAUCCAGGAGAUUCUACAGUCAAUGUUUAAGUCGAAAGUGAAAAGUAGACGCUGGAAGAACGAACUUUCAAGAAUCCGAAGUCUUCCUUCAGAAAAACUGAAAGUCAUCGGGAAAAUAAUGAUUCCUCGGGACGAAAAUGACAUCAUCUGUAUUGGACGCCAUUAUACCGGAGUCACUGUCUUGGGCUACUUGUCUGACGGAAGUGAGGUUGCUAUAAAGAUAAUGGACUGUAGAAUUCGCCAACUGAAAUCUGAUGAAGUGGACAAGUUACUGAGCAUUGACAGCUCUCAACUUUUCAUCAACAGAUAUAGGGCUAUAGAGCAGUAUGCGGGCCACUACUAUAUUGCGAUGGAUCUGUACGAGUACACGUUACCAGAAUAUCUACAGAUUAUUUCACAGAAUACAGAAAUAGAUCAUCAAAUUGCCGUGGAGAAACUAGUCUUCCAGUUCUUGAGGGCAAUGCUAACACUGCAUCAACAAUACCUUAUUGUUCACGGAGAGUUAAGGCCUGAUAACAUAGUCAUUGAUACGGAUGGCAAUCUCAAUGUUUCUGGUUACGGAAUUGGCAGAAAUACCACAAUAAAUGAAACCCAAAAAUAUAUGGAGUAUAGUGAUGAAGAUAAGUGUUGGCUUGCACCGGAAGUGAUGUUGUACAGACAGAAAGUUAUUUUCAAAACAGACAUUUGGGUGGUUGGCAUGUUGAUUUACUAUAUCUAUCAGGGUGGUAGGAACCCGUUCGGCAGUGAGCCACCACAGAUCAUUCAGAACAUACUUACACAGAAUUAUAUGAUGCAGUACAUUAGUGAGGAGGCCGGGAAUCUUCUCAGUAUGAUGUUGUCAGUCAACAAGAUAGAAAGGCCUGCUGUAGCCGAUAUACUCAAACAUCCUAUGUUUUGGGCUGAAGAAAAGAAACUUAGAUUUAUUACAAUUGUCGGAUCUGAUAUUGUACGGGAGCUCAAACAAAAUUUCUUUAUGGACAAGAAACAGCGGGAAAACUCUAUGACAAGCAUUGUGUCAAUGGCGCCCUGUAAUAUUUCUCUUAUUAGAUGGAUGCAGUCAAUUGAAGAUGAUGUCAUGAAUGAUAUGACGACAUACCGACAGUAUAAGAAUAGCCUCGUGGAUCUAGUUGUGUUCGUCUAUAACUGUAGUAAUCAUUUUGAGAAACUAGCUCAGUCCACACGGGAUACUGUAGAAGAACCCGGAAGUUACUUCCUGAAAAAAUUUCCUACCCUCUUCAUGACGGUAUACAGAGCUGUCCGGUUCUCCAACCGGAAGGACAAAACUUGUUACAAACCAUUUUUCUAAACACGCAUAGUCCAGUAUCCAUUAUCACACAUACAUUUCAGUUUUAAAAAUCAUGCAUCUGCGUAACUAAGGUUUUUAAAUAAACUUUCUUUUAUAGCUAUUCUAUAUUUGAAUCAUACCCGUUUUAUAAAGACUAUAUUUUAUAUAAAUAUUUACAGUUUAGAUAUUUAAAGAUUUUUUUUGAAAGUAUAUACAUAUAUACACUUAUUAAUAAUAAUGCAAAUUUUCAUAGGCUGAAUCUUAUUCUUUUUUUUUAAUACUUUACAAACAAUUUUGCAAGGUGGUCAGUCUAUAUAGGUCCGUAUAGAUCUACAUUGUAGAUCUAUUUUCAUAUAUUUCAUACAUUUGUUUAGAUAUUUUGCGUGAUAAUUGUUGAUAUAUUGAAUGGUGAUAUUUAUUAAAUAAAAUACAAAUGAAAAAAAAU